UUAAGCAAUGAAAUAAAUUAAACAUGGAACAAGAACCUGGCCAUGGAAGAAAAACGAAUGAUGGUGGUGGUGGUGGUGGUGGAGAGAUCAAAUACCGAGGCGUUCGGAGGAGGCCAUGGGGCAAAUUCGCGGCUGAGAUACGUGACUCGGCUCGACAGGGGGCACGUGUAUGGCUAGGGACAUAUAACACGGCUGAAGAAGCUGCAAGAGCUUAUGAUAGAGCAGCUUAUUCAAUGAGAGGUCAUUUAGCUAUACUUAAUUUUCCUGAGGAGUAUAAUUUGCCUAGUAGCUCUUCACAUUUUUAUACUGGUGGUUCUUCUUCAUCAUCAUCAAGGCAAGUUCUUGAAUUUGAAUGCUUGGAUGAUAAGUUGCUUGAGGAACUUCUUGAUUGUGAUGAAGAGCCAAAUAAGAAAAAAUAAAGAUUAUUUCAAGCAGUAGCGGAGGCAUGCAGGACAAAUUUCAAGGUUCAUUAUCUACGAUAUAUACAUAAAAAAUUAUUUUGAUUGUAUACAAUGUAAUUUUCCGAUAAAAGGUUGGUUGGAACUCUCUGGCCCUCUAGCUCCGCCACUAAUUUCAAUGUUCUUGAUCUAUUUAUCCUAUGCUCUAUUUUCCCUAUGAACAAUCCAGCUUUUUGCCUAAAAUCAAAUUAUUCUUAGGAUGGGGUGGUGUUUUUUUCGUUUUCUAAUGCCAUUUUCCUUUCAUUAGUUUACCCUUUUUUCUUUAUCUUUUUUUGGGGUUUGGUUUUUGAAUGAAGCAAGCAACUUUGCUGCAGCAAUACUUGUAACUCAAUUCUACUGUUUGCUAAUGCUAAUGCUGAAAAGUCAACACAAGAAGGUGUUUAUGAUCAUAAA